AUGAACAGGACCAAGAGCAAGGCAUAUAACAGUGUUUCAGAGUUCCUCAAUCCAAAGAUCCCUCCUGAAAUAGAAGAUGACAUCUUAGGGGCCUUUGCCAAUUACAGUAUCGAGUCCGACAUGACUGCGCAAGACCUGCCAGAAUACUUCAAAGAACUUCAAAUGCCCACUGAAAUGACAAAACUGGUCCAACCUCAGGACCUUUGCAUAGAAGGUACCAAGGUAGUGGACUUUGAUAAACUCCUAAAAACCACAUUCCAUUUGUUGAUCUUUAUGAACAAUGCUGAAAUCAUAGAUACACAGUGGCUAAUGCUCGUUCAAGGCUGCGGCAGGGAUACACAGUUUCCCCAAGUCACACUGAGGAACCAUGUUCUUAGCAUCAAAGACUUACAGAAGAUUGCAAAUAGCAUCAAUGUUGAUGGCGGACACUUGAUCGACAUGAUGAGCUGUGCAACACAGGGGAAACGGGUUUAUAUAACAUGGAUGGAUUUUGCAUAUCUACUGGGCAAGUUAGGGCAUCUAGUGUUUUGA